GACUGACUUCGUGAUGAGUGAUUGCGAUGAAGAGCUGUUGUUCAACAUACCAUUCACGGGUCAAGUACGUGUCAGCGGUCUGUCAGUGAUUGGUGACGACGAUGGGAGCCAUCCGGCGAGAAUUCGAAUUUUCAAAGAUCGACCCGCGGUAUGUGAGGAUUUCUGCUAUUUGAAAGCACUUACGUAA